CAGAGAGGGGAGCUGCUCGGGUCGGCCCUGCCCUCCCCUUUUCCUACCCUCCCAUUCCCACAUGAAACCAGAUUUAAUGCAAACAAGCUGGCCUGGCUCAGAGCUGCCCACAAGGCUGAGAGAGGAGAAGAGAGGAGAGCCGCUCGGAGGCACCGGAGAAACUUCCCGAGAGCAGCCGGCCCGCGUCUUCCCUCCUCCCUUUCCCCGGAAACCUGUGCGGUCUUUUGAGCCCUGCCAUGGCGGUCAUGCAAGAUCUCUGCUUGCUUGUUCUCUUGAUGAGUCCCUUAUGUGCCUCAAGAUCUAUUGAGAAGCUGGUCCUGGAAGACAACGAAGGGAGCGGAGACAGUGAGGGGGCUGCCUCAGUCUCACCUUCCGCCAGGGUGACGUUGAGUACCAGCCCCACCUCGGGAAGCCUUGUCGUCAGUUCAGUCAAUGGAACACUGCACUCGUUCAACAUCCUGGAUGGCAUUGUGGACUUCUUCCAAACGUACAUGCUCUUGAUCAUCGUGGUGGGCUCUCUAAUCCUCAUCUUCCUUUCCAUUGUGUGUGCGGCUGUCAUUGUUCGGCAGAAACACAAGGCCUCAGCCUAUUACCCGUCAUCCUUUCCAAAAAAGAAGUACGUGGAUCAGAAUGACAAGUCAGGGGGUGCCAAGGCCUUCAGCGAAGUUCCUGAAAAGCCAUCUGAUGUCAACCAAGAGGAGCCAGUUGAUUCCACCAAACAACUGCAGGCUGACAUCUUAGCUGCUGCCCAAAACCUCAAGUCUCCAACCAAGCUCGUUGUGGCUAAUGGAAAAAGCACCCCUGUAGAAGAGCCACCAACUGAAGGAAAAGAGGAAGAGGCCCAAAGAGCAGAAGAUGUGGAAGAUGGCAGUUCUAAAGGAGAAGAAGUAGAAGAAGAAAAAUCACCAGAUGAGGCUGAGGUGCCUCCAGAGACAUCAGCUCCAAACAAUUUGGUAGAUGCUGAGACCAAAGAGGAUGUCCCAUCUAUGGUGGGGACCAAUCCAUCUCCUCCCGAAGAGUUCAAGGAGUCUCCAGCCACUGAGAAUUCUGCCACGUGUGUCUCAGAAAGUGAGAAGGAGGAGCUGGGCAGUCCACUGACUCUUGAUACUUGCCCCACAGAAGACUCAGAAAACUGAAUGGGCUCAGUUCCCAUCCGUGGGGUGACAGUUCAUAAUAUUAAAUCUACAGGGAUCUGUUUUUCAAAUGGAGGGGAGAGCAGCAGAUCUUUACGUAACGUGUAAAGAAGACAAGUUCGCCACCUCCCUUGCUAAGAAACCCCUUAGAGAUGCACCAUCCUGUGGUUUUGCUUUAAUGGACUUUCUUCAGUUACGCAGACAUGCCCAACCUGGUGCCUUCCAGAUGUGGCAAACCAUGACUCCCAUCAUCCCCUGCCAACAUGCCCAGGGAGGUGAUGAGAGUUGCUAAACACAUCUGGGGAGGGGAAGCUGAGUGACUGUAAUGUCAUAAUGUAGCCACUCAACCAGAUAUCACUGCGUAUAUAAGGUAGAACUUAUCUGAGGACCUUUUGAAAACACAUGGUCUUCAGCGUGGUUCCAGGAUUAUUCUGGAGGAACCCUCCUACCAUAAACCUGCAGGACUUUCCCACUUUCAGGGAGAACAUAUGACUCUGCACAGACAUACAUGAUUUUUGAGGUGAGCCCUUUGUGGAAGCAUCUACUCUUGUCAAUCCUCAAUUUUGGAGCAAGGUUGUGUGCAGAGCUGACUGGUCAACCUUUCUACCAAUCAUGAAGUCAUCCAAAUCUUUCUUUCUCCACUGUUGGUCAGACAGUCUCUGGGCCAAAUUUGAAGUUAUUUCACACAUAUACUUUUUUUUAAGCAAGUCUAGGCUCCACUCUGUUUAAUAGUCCAGUCCCUUAUACCAAUCAUUAACUCAUUUUUUCCUGCAACUCAUUUUCAAUGAUUUAUUUUUUAAGGUACCAGUUUUUGGGGAUGAGAGAUCCAGGCAAGAUGCUUUGUAACAAGACCUCAUGAGUUCUAUCAGCGGCUUAUGCUACAUACUUGUAUAUCCCAACUUGGAUUAGCUUCUCAUCUCCUCUUCUCAUUGUCUAAGAGACACAUUAUACAUACUUUUCAAAAUCUCUUCCUUUGAUUCAAAACAAGUAUCAGCUUUGAAAUUUGAACUGCUUGCCAUACAAUUGCAGAAUGGCCAAUGUGACUUUGGAUUUUAAGUACAACGUCCAGCUAUGCAAUGACAACAAUAUGCAAUGGAUCCCACCACUCAGUCCAAGGUUUUUUUGAUCUGGUUUCUGAGAACCAUUAACUCUAAGUUCUCCAGAUGCUGUAGAAGAUCUGAUUGCUCAAGAAAGCCAGGACCUGUUUUAGUCAUGCAUAUUGAGAACCCACUAUGGGAAGAAUCUGAUGACAUCUCUGAUAGUUAUUCCUCUUAAAGGUUCACAAACAUCCAGACGCUUGAGUGUGGAAGGGAAGAUACUGAGGACUUUCAUGGGUGAAUGAAGCCCAACAAAGGUGGAUUUUUAUGCAUGUUGAAUCCUGAAGUUCUUCACCUGCCAAGAUAAUUGUUAAUCUCUGGAGAGGGAAGCCUCAUAUUUUUGAGGCAUUUAAACACAUUGAAAAUGUUUUCUGGGCUUUUUUUUUUUAAACUCAGUUAUGGGGGUGGGGGGCUUUAGGUCGUUUUUAAAAAUUAAUUUUUAUAUUUUGAUGGGGGACUUUGAUUUCAGAUUUCCAGGUGCUAAUCUUUCUGGGCCAACUAGAAAAAAUAUUUUAGUAAGCAUUACAGUAAGAUUUACCUGGUUUGUGACAAGCCUUGAAGAAGCUGGGUGACAGGAGAACAUGUCUGAAACAAAAAUUCCUCCUUGGUUUUUCCCAGCCUCUUCGUAAAGGUUCUGCUGAUAUUUAUGACUGUUCCUCCCACCUUGGUUCUCCCAGGGUGAUCCUUGUAACCCAAGAGGAAACCUUAUCUGUGAUUUAGGCAGCCGAGACCUUUGAGGACUUAUCUGGGAUAGGUUUGGGAGGGCUGACCCUCUUUGGCAGGUUCUCUGCAGUUGCUACACUUCAAGAGCAUUUUUGAAGGAGAUAAUCUAAAGGGGGCUACAAAGGACAAUGUCUGGCAGUUUGCAACACGCUAAACCCCAACCGGGGUAGCCCCCAGAGUGUUUUGUGAACGCUCUCCGCCUCUUCUUCUAGGACUUUGUAAACAUUAAAACAUGAGGCAGGCACCAUGUUGAUAAAAACUCAAAGUAAGUGACCUUACAGACCUUUUCCGCCUUCCAGGUGCUUUGGACCACCCCAGCCCCUGUGGCUAGAUGCCCAAACUCCUAGAGGGCCCAUUUUGGCUGCUUACUCUAAUGCAUUUAGAAGAGAGGGCAGGGCAAUCGUUUUAGGGGUGAACGCACUUGGUGGGUUUGUUCCGUUAUCACACGAUAACACUCCUGCCUCUGCGAUGAAGAUGAUGCUGUGCUGAUAGCUCUCAAAAGUCAUGAAAGGGCCUUUGGCUUUUCUAUCUGAUUCUCAGGGGGCUUGAGAAUUUCCCUUUGGGGCGUUUUCCGCUCCGCUUAUCGCUGCUGGCGGCAGAACCGUCCCCUGCUCUUCACCUCCCUGGGUGCUUCUACCUUCUGAAACAGCCGUUCCUCUGGGAUUCAUUGGAAUGAAUGGAUGCCACUGGGAAGCCAUCAGGGAGGCUGAGACAGGGCCUUAACACCUUGCUUUGGCCACCUCACCACCCGAGAAGGGCAAAGACGCAACGCUCUGCCCAGGCCAAUUUCUGCAAAAUUCUCUCUUGAGAGAAAUGCAGAAAGCAAGUUGUCUUUCGUCCAUCAGAAGGAGAACUGGCAAUAGAAGCUGCAGGAGAAUUCCCAAGAAGAGGGAAAUUGGGAUGUCACCAUGCUAAGCAAGUGUGUGUGCGCGUGUGUGCGCGCGUGCAUAUGGUCUCUAUCAAAGUUCCUUCAUGUGAAAACUAGUUCCCAGCCCUCUUCAAGCCCCUGGGCCAUGAUUGCCAAACAUUUAUAAACAUUAGAAACAUUGUCACCCAGUUGUCUGGAGCAUAUCUAUAUAUUUGGUGCCUUUGAGUCAGUUCUCGACUCCUGGGGAUCGCCUGGACAAGUCCCUGCAGUUUUCUUGGCAAGGU